AUGACCGCGGCUAAUGGCUUCGAUCCUCUGGGUGUCUGGUAUGCCGGUGUCGAGGCGCUCUCGCAGACGCAUCUCAGCGCGGCCCAGGUUGAAGCCGCCAAGAACAAGAACAUUGGCAUCGUGGGCGCCGGCAUAUCGGGAUUGAUGACCUAUCUCGUCCUACGCGAAGCAGGCUUCCAGAACAUCACCAUCCUCGAAGCCGACCAGCGGUUGGGCGGCCGCCUGCACACGAGCUACCUCACCGGAGGGCCCUGGGACUAUUCGUACCAGGAGAUGGGCGCGAUGCGUCUUCCCGUUGACUACCUGGACAAGAACGGAAAGAGCCACAACAUCUCCGACACGCAGCUCGUCUUCUUCCUCAUCGAGGAGAUGAACAAGCGCAACAAGGCCGACCCCGAGCUGCAGGUCGACCUGAUCCCGUGGAUCAACUCCAACGAGAACGGGCUGCAGUACUUUAACGGCAUCCGCACAGCCAGCGGCCUGCCCCCGACGAUCAAGCAAAUCUCGGAAAACGCUUCGCUGACUGUGCAGCUCGCCCUGGACGACGACGCCAAAGCGGCGCAGGAGAAGGUGCGGCAAAACUUGCCCGACGACAAGUUCUUGAGCGACAUGGCCGGGAACCUGUACCGGGCGCACCGGAAAUGGACCGACGAUGGCUUCGCCGGCCAACCCGGAGAUCGGUGGUCGGUGUUCUCCUACAUCUCGCAGUAUCUCAAGGGCAGCCUCAACACCACGGAUGUUCUGGACAAGAUGCUGGUCUCCCAGGCCAGCUACUGGGAGCACGUCACCGAUCUGCUGUACGGGGGCGCCAGCACCUUCCGGACCGUCGACGGAGGGUUCAGCCGCCUACCGCUAUCCUUUGGCCCUCUAGUCAAAAACAACACUCGCAUGGGCGUCAAGGUUGAGCGCAUCAGCUACGCCGACGACCAGGUCACGCUCCAGUCGAAGCACGACUUCACGGACCGCGAGUUCCAGAACGACACGUUCGACUACGCCGUCAUCUCCCCGCCCUUCACCGUCGUCCGCCAGUGGCGGCUGCCCGCCAUCGGCGCCACCAUGAAGAACGCCAUCAGCAAUCUCGUCUACGACGCCUCGUGCAAGGUGGCCCUCGAGUACUCGGAGCGCUUCUGGGAGCGCCUCGAGAACCCGAUCCUCGGCGGCUGCAGCACCGAAUCGGACAUCCCCGGCGCCUCACUCGUCUGCUACCCGUCGUACGACCUCAACGGUACGGGGAAGGCGAGCCUUCUGGCCUCGUACAUCCGCUCAUCGUUCGACCACGACCUGACGCGCCUGGUCACCAUGUCGGACGAGGAGCACGCGCAGUACUUGGUCGACGCGAUGGCGGAGAUCCACGGCGAGCACACGCGCGCGCUGUACACGGGCAAGUUUGCGAGGAAGUGCUGGAGCCUGGAUCCGCUGGCCGCGGGCGCGUGGGCCGCGCCGUCGGUCGGGCAGCACGAGCUGUACAUUCCCGAGUAUUUCAAAGUGCACAAGAACUUGAUCUUUGUCGGCGAGCACACGUCGUAUACACACGGCUGGAUCGCCAGCUCCCUGGACUCGGCCAUCCGUGGCGCCGUACAACUGCUUCUUGAACUCGGCUUAGUUGAUGAAGCGAAGGCGGCGGUGGACAAAUGGCUGGUGCGAGGGGCCGGGAACGUGGCCGCGAGAAACUGA